CACAUUUCGACAAACGUGUGAACUGCGGGUUUGAUUGGUUGAAAUAUCCUGAUCUUAUUGGAGACUCAACCUUCUUUCCGGCAGAGGACAGGGUAAAGAUGGCGACGUCCCUGAGAAGUCUGCUACGCUCCGGAAAGAAUGCCGUGUUCCUGGUGGCGCGGAGGGGCUUCCAGAGGAGCGCUCCGGCCGGGGUCCAGGUGACUGUUCGUGAUGCCCUGAAUCAGGCAAUGGACGAAGAGCUGGAGAGGGACGAACGUGUUUUCCUGAUGGGUGAGGAAGUGGCUCAGUAUGACGGAGCCUACAAGGUGAGCAGAGGUCUGUGGAAGAAGUACGGGGACAAACGAAUCAUUGACACGCCCAUUUCAGAGAUGGGGUUCGCUGGGAUUGCAGUGGGAGCUGCUAUGGCGGGUCUUAGACCCAUUUGUGAGUUCAUGACCUUUAACUUCUCCAUGCAAGCCAUUGAUCAGGUCAUCAACUCUGCAGCCAAAACCUACUACAUGUCUGCUGGACUGCAGCCAGUUCCCAUCGUCUUCAGAGGACCCAACGGAGCGUCGGCUGGUGUUGCUGCUCAGCACUCACAGUGCUUUGCUGCGUGGUACGCUCACUGUCCAGGUCUGAAGGUUGUCAGUCCCUGGAACUCAGAAGAUGCCAAAGGUCUCUUGAAAUCCGCUAUCAGAGAUGAUAAUCCAGUUGUGUUUCUGGAGAACGAGCUGAUGUACGGCGUUCCUUUCGAGAUGUCUGAGGAUUCGCAGUCCAAAGACUUCACCAUUCCCAUCGGCAAGGCAAAAAUUGAGAGACAAGGAAAUCACGUCACCUUGGUGUCUCACUCUCGGUUUGUCGGUCACUGCCUGGAUGCUGCAGCUGUCCUCGCUAAAGAGGGAAUUGAGUGUGAGGUCAUCAACCUUCGGACCAUUCGCCCAAUGGACGUGGAGUCCAUUGAGACCAGCGUGAUGAAGACCAACCACCUGGUGACGGUGGAGGGAGGCUGGCCUCAGUUUGGAGUCGGAGCUGAGAUCUGUGCCAGAGUCAUGGAAGGUUCUGCUUUUAACUUCCUGGAUGCUCCGGUUACCAGGGUAACGGGUGUCGACAUCCCCAUGCCUUAUGCCAAGAUCCUAGAGGAUCACAGUCUUCCUCAGGUCAAAGACAUCAUCUUCUCAGUCAAAAAAACCCUCAACGUGUAAAAACACCUGAACUCUCUGGGUUUUAUUCAGAUCAGCUGAUCUCUCCACUUUUUCCCUUUCAAAAUAAAUGCUGCUGUGUUCUGUGUGGAAGUUGCUAAGUCAGCAAGUUAAAACCUGUAUAAGUCAAAAAUGUCUUCACCAGCUGUCUCUUGAUGUUUAAAUCCAGAUUAAUGUUCUGAGGUUGUUUUCCUUCAAACAUUUCUGCAAUUUCGACAGCAUCAACAGAAAACGGCUGCUGGGAUCCCAUUAUUUAUUGUAACUACAGAAAUAAAAGCCUGUUUAUCUUUAGGUUUUCUUCCUCUUUGCAGCCUGUUCCUCUUCCUGUCGGUCUAAAUAAAGAUAAAAACUGUAAA